AGCUGUAUAUUCUUGUCUUCUCAUAUUCUUAUAUUCUUAUCUUCUUCAUGUUAAACACUCGAUUGGUCCAUUUGCCGAUAUAUCGCUUGAUACAGUUACGAAGUUCGUUCGAAAGAAGCUUUUAAUCCCUACCCGAACUUAUCUUGUCGCGUAAGCAAAGGAACGUUCUCCGAAAUCAAGAUCUCACUAGUGUAGUUGUGCGUGUGCCCGUAGCUGUGUGCGUCGGCUAUUCUCAUAGCUACGGGGUGCCUUGAACCUCGUUUGUAUUUCAAUGAAGCGGAUCUGUGCACCGAGAUGAUUUUUUUAUACGAAUCUUCGCGCAACGACAAUUAUUACUUCGAACGUCCGUCAUGCAGGUUUAUUAUGUAAAACGACUUGUCUGGUCAAUGAUUUACGUCGAUUUUAUUUAAACAUGUCUGUAUAAAACAUUACUCUAAGUUGUGAUUAAUUGAUGUCUUAAAUUUCAUAUUUCCGUAUGUAAUCGUUAAUCCCUGAUUAAUUGGCGCACUUAUUUAGUUGCCUAAUAAUCGCUUAAUAUUUAUAAAAUUGUAACAUAAGAGCUUAAUUGCUCGUACAUCCAUAUUGGAUACGAAGGAAUUGUACAUAAUAUACCGAUUUUAAUCGAAUUUCACGUGCUCCUGGGAGCCUGUUUCUCUUUAAUUAAUGCUUCCGGCACGCAAUAACAUGUUUCUUGUUUGCGUGACCGUGGGACUUGUUUUCUUAGCGUCGAAGUAUCGUAACAAUGUGCUUCGUAGCGUUAAGCAUCUGUGUAAAAAUAUCGCGAGCCGAGAUAAUCAUAGGAAUAAUAAUAAUGAUGAUACUGUAAUUGCUAAAUAUGAUAACAACAAUAAUUAUAAAGAUACCAAUAACAAUGAAAAUUGUAAAAAUGAUAACGGUAAUUAUGCUAAUAUCAAUAACGACAAAGAAAAAGAAUUUAAAAUUACACUAGACAAGAUUAUUCUGGCGGACUCUCUAGAGAAGUGCGAUUACGCCGUCCAACGUAUUCGCUGUGAUCUGUCUGAAGGCGUAUUGGGUUUUGAUUGUGAAUGGGUCAAUGAAGGACCUGUUUCUCUAUUACAAUUAGCUACUUUCAAUGGAGUAUGUGCUUUGUUUCGCAUUGGAAAGAUCGGAUAUAUUCCAGAUAAACUCAAAGAAUUAUUGUCGAAUAAGCGUAUUCUUAAAGUUGGAGUUGCUUCAUUUGAAGAUGGACAAAAGAUAUUAAAGGAUCAUGGGUGUCAAGUUAGCGGAACCCUCGAUAUAAGAACUUUGGCUGAAAGCAUCCAAUUGCCAAGUUUAAAGAGCUUAGCGGCAAUGAGUUUAGAAUAUCUUGGUCUUGAAAUGGACAAAAUAAUAGAACUGAGGUGUGGCGACUGGGAGGCUAGCACCCUGACUGACGAACAAGUGACUUAUGCUGCUUGUGACGCAAUUGCAUCCAUUUUCAUUUACCAAAAAAUAAUGCAGAAAAUGCGGAAAGCUAAACAGAAGCUUACAUUAUGGCGGAAAUUUACUAUUUACUUAUCUAAUAAAUUCAGCAGUGAUGUAAACACACGAAUUCAUGGUGUACCUGCUGGAAUAGUUGAUACGAGGUUCAAGGCUCAUCGAUCAAGUAUAAACAGUAUCAAUAAUGCUAAUAAUAAUUUGAGUAUGACUAAAAUAUUAGAUAGAAGCACUAGUGCCGAACGCAAAAAUACAAUACCUACAAGGAAUAAGCCAUUAUAUCAUAAUUGUUAUUUACAAGCACCUGAUGGAGAGAUAUUGUGUACAUGCGAUCGUAAAAAAGCAGAAUGGUACAUCGGAAAAGGAUUGGGAGAACUUGUUCAGACAGAUCCUUACACAGUGAAAUUGAACUUUGAGCCUUCUGGUCGUGCAUUAGGCGAAGUCGGGCAAUAUUACACUCAAGUAAAAGUCAAUCAAUGUGUAGUCUGUGGAUGCACUGAAAAGUUUAUCAGAAAAAACGUCGUACCACGAGAAUAUCGCAAAUAUUUCCCACUGGUGAUGAAAGCACAUCAAUCUCACGAUGUGCUGCUAUUAUGUCCAUCCUGCCAUGAAAUUAGCAAUAAUAAUGAUCUACAGCUCAGAAGAAAGUUGGCAGAGAUGUGCGACGCACCUUUAAUCGGGCCACUAACACACAUGCGAGAUAAAUAUAUGAGCAAUUUUCGAAAGCUUCAGUCGGCCGUUAAGGUAUUGAAACAAGGGUUAUCGAUACCUCAGCGACGACGUGAGGAGCUUGAGAUUUAUAUAAUGGAGCAUACAGGGCAGAAGGAGAUCAGUCCGACUAUGCUCGAUGCCCUGCAUGAAAGAUUAAAAACCGUAUCGAUUCAACAAGCGAUUUCUAAUCAAUUCAAAUACCAACCGCAUGGCUUAAAGGUGGUACAGUAUUUCCAAAGACAAGAAGGCGGACUAGUUGAGCUAGAACGUAUGUGGAGAGAGCAUUUUCUUACCACUAUGAAACCAAAAUACUUACCAAAUUUAUGGUCUGUACGUCACAAUCAAGAACGAUUGAUCAUGCGCCAAGCGCAAAAUCGUAUUGAACCACAAGAUGCAAAGAUUGCUGGACUAAUGAAGUAGCAGUGUAGUUUAAAAAUUAUACCUGUAAGGACUCGUAUAAGAGCGAGAACUUCAAAGAAGACUAUUAUACUAAUCAAUA